AUGAUGCUGUGCAAUCUGAUCUGCGCUGAAAUCAAGGAGCACAGAUGGGAAUCAAUGGGAAACUUGUUAGAGACAAAGCCCACUAAAACAAAGGUGCUUGAAGUUUAGGGCAUCCUGAAAUAUUCAAGGAAAAAAAGGUCCAACCUUAGGAAAAAUCACAAAAAUAAGCCAUCAUGGUUUUUGGACAGUUUUAUCAGAGAACAGAGCCAGGAAAAGACAUGUUAAAACUGAACAUUGGAGGACUGAAAAAAAGAUUAGAUUGUCAGCUGAUUCGAAAAUAUCCUCAUACACGGCUGGGAAAACUUAUUCUCUGCGACUCCCUGGAAGCCAAGCUAGAGAUGUGUGAUGACUACGAUGCACUACACAAUGAAUUUUAUUUUGACAGGAAUCCAGGUUUAUUCAAGUACAUUCUCAACUUUUACCAUACUGGAAAGCUUCAUGCCAUGGAAGGGAUGUGUGCCCUGUGCUUUUACCAGGAGACAGAAUAUUGGGGUAUCAGUGAAGCCCGCAUACAUAGCUGCUGCAGUUACAAGUACCACAUGAGGUGGGCCAAUCUCAGUGAUUCCGAUGGAAGUCUGCUCAGUGAUGAGCUCAGCCUGGUUGCCAAGGAAGAUGUUUCUGUCAUCCACAGAGAAGCCAGCAAGUUUGACAGCAUGAUGUACGGCACAUACCGGAGAAGGGUCUGGCUGCUUUUAGAGAACCCGGAGUAUUCCUACACAUCCAAAGUCUUCACAGUUGUUUCCCUGGCAGUCAUCAUGAUCUCUGUCUUCACAAUGUGUGUUAACAGUAUGCCUGAAUUCCACAGAGACACAGAGGAGCACCCGGCACUCCAAAUUGUGGAGGUCAGCUGCAUUAUAUUCUUUACUUGUGAAUACCUUGCCCGCAUGUCAGUGACACCAGACCUGAAGAACUUUUUUCUUAAUCCCCUCAAUACCAUUGAUUUCAUUUCAUUUUGCCCUUUCUACACCACUCUCAUUGUGGAGAAUUUUAAUCAGCAUGACAAUAGCUUUGAAAACAUAGGACGGAUAGUGCAAGUUCUUCGGCUGAUGCGGAUCUUCAGAAUCCUGAAGCUAGCUCGGCAUUCAAAUGGACUGAAAUCCUUAGGCUGUACAAUCAGGCACAGCUUUGAGGAGGUGGGAUUAUUGGUGGUCUUUCUGACUGUGGGAAUAGCUAUCUUUGCAACUCUGAUGUACUCAGUGGAAAAGGAAGAAGAGGAGGCUGGCUUGACCAGUAUUCCUGUCGGCUGGUGGUGGGCUACAAUCAGUAUGACCACAGUCGGCUAUGGUGACAUAUGUCCUGUAACAAUUGCUGGUAAAAUCAUUGGCAGUUUUUGCAUAAUCUUUGGCCUUCUGAUGGUGGCCUUGCCAGUCACAGUGAUAUUUAACCGCUUCUCUAAAUAUUAUCGAAGGGAAAAGGCCAUUGAUGCAACCUUGUGGAGCCAGGAGCUUAAGAAGCAAUUCACUGCAGUGCCUAAUAUGAAUUUAAGGGACGCAUAUGUAAAAAGGCUGCAGUUCCUUUCAAAGAUCAAUGGGGCCAGGCUGGAACCCUCUGCAUAUGAAAAAGCAGAACCUGUAUUAUUAGAAAAAGACUGUCAUGUAUAUGAUGGGGACCAUACUGCUGACAACAAAGAGUGUCAAACUUAGCCUGCUGUAAGACACCUUAACAUGCCGAGGCACAACUAGCUUAAAUUUAAUGUCUGAAGGCACGAAGCUAGAAGCAGUAUUAGCAUUAUCAGUUUUUAUGGAAACUCAAUGGUUAAUUCAAAUCCUUGUUGGAUGAGCUUAAGAAUAGUCUGCCAACAAGUCAUUAGUACAAUGAACACUAGCCAAAAAACAGACUUGUAUUCAGAGUGGACUCGGAGAUAUACCGCUCCUUUUAGAAUAGAAAUACUGCGCUCAUGUAUAUACUAAGAACACUAAACAGGCUUACUUUAGGAAGCUAUCAGCUACAAUUGUACAUUUCAUCCACGGUCGCUCCUGCC